AUGGCGGAUCAAGACUACUUAGCAUACCUAUCAUUCCUUAUAGAGAGGGGAAUUAGCCCAUCAGGACUCGGUGAAUACUUGCACGCAGAAGACGGUGAUGAUGAAAUGGACAGCGAUUCCGUCAGACUGCCGCCAAAUGAUAGUCCUAAUUCUGCUUCCGUUGCGACUUCGUCUGAGGAAUCUCAACUUUGUUUUUUUACAUUAAGAGCGGACAUGGAAACCUUCCUUUUCACCUCAGAGUCUGUCAAUGAAGGCCAUCCUGACAAGCUUUGUGACCAAGUCUCAGAUGCCAUUCUUGACGCUUGCCUAGAGCAAGAUCCAGAGAGCAAAGUUGCUUGUGAAACCUGCACAAAGACUAACAUGGUCAUGGUCUUCGGAGAAAUCACAACCAAGGCCAAUGUAAACUAUGAGAAGAUAGUUCGAGAUACGUGCAGGGGCAUUGGCUUCACAUCACCUGAUGUUGGUCUUGAUGCGGACAACUGCAAGGUGCUUGUAAACAUCGAGCAACAGAGCCCUGACAUUGCCCAGGGAGUUCAUGGUCAUCUGACCAAGAAACCUGAGGAAAUUGGAGCUGGUGACCAAGGUCACAUGUUUGGCUAUGCCACUGAUGAAACACCGGAGCUCAUGCCCCUCACUCAUGUCCUUGCCACCAAGCUUGGUGCCAAGCUCACUGAAGUAAGAAAGAACAAGACUUGCCCAUGGCUGAGACCUGAUGGCAAGACCCAAGUUACUGUUGAGUACAGGAAUGAUGGUGGUGCAAUGGUUCCUAUUAGAGUUCACACAGUUCUUAUCUCAACCCAACAUGAUGAGACCGUAACAAAUGAAGAAAUUGCUGCUGAUUUGAAAGAGCAUCCGCUUUUUCUUUUUGCACCUUCUCUUCCAUUCUCAAGUCCCUCUAACUGGGACAUGACACAUACCAAUGGAAAGUCCAAAAAUUCUUCCACACAACAUUUAACCUCAGAUGUAAACAUCCUGGCCAGUAUGGUGUCUUCUUUCAAUGGAAGCCAUCAUGGUGAACUUGUUCAUUUAAACCAGAGAAUGGCUCCACAGUCGGUCAAUGUCUGA